AUGGCAGUCACAAAAGAGAUGCAUCACCGUAGUCAUUUGGCUGACAAUGGCGCCCACGUUAACGUCGAGUGCGUUCCGUUAUACAACUGGGUCAUACCGUGUCGCGCGUUAAGGCGGAUGAACCAAGCUAACUUGGACCUCCCUUCCCCUCCGAAUGCUUUACAAAUGGAUGUUUCAAGAGGACGUAAAGGGGUCAUAGAGUUCUAG